UCUGCUGUUGCAGCCAUGGCGGCCUCCACCGCGGCCGGGAAGCAGAGGAUCCCCAAAGUGGCCAAGGUGAAAAACAAAGCCCCAGCUGAGGUGCAGAUAACUGCAGAGCAACUGCUAAGAGAAGCUAAGGAAAGAGAACUUGAGCUUCUUCCACCUCCCCCUCAACAGAAGAUCACAGAUGAAGAAGAGUUAAAUGAUUACAAACUAAGGAAGAGGAAGACUUUUGAAGAUAACAUAAGAAAAAACAGGACUGUGAUUAGUAACUGGAUAAAAUAUGCACAAUGGGAAGAGAGUCUAAAGGAGAUUCAAAGGGCUCGAUCCAUAUACGAACGUGCUUUGGAUGUGGACUAUCGAAAUAUUACACUCUGGCUGAAAUAUGCAGAAAUGGAAAUGAAGAAUCGCCAGGUCAACCAUGCCCGAAAUAUCUGGGACCGGGCCAUAACGACUCUGCCUCGCGUCAACCAGUUCUGGUACAAGUACACGUACAUGGAGGAGAUGCUGGGGAACAUGGCGGGUGCCCGGCAGGUGUUCGAGCGCUGGAUGGAGUGGCAGCCAGAGGAGCAGGCCUGGCACUCCUACAUCAACUUCGAGCUGAGAUACAAAGAGGUGGAUCGGGCCCGCACCAUUUAUGAACGCUUUGUUCUUGUGCAUCCUGAUGUGAAGAACUGGAUCAAGUACGCCCGCUUUGAAGAAAAGCAUGGUUACUUUGCCCAUGCGCGGAAGGUGUAUGAGAGAGCUGUCGAAUUCUUUGGGGAUGAACAUAUGGAUGAACACCUUUAUGUUGCCUUUGCCAAAUUUGAGGAAAAUCAGAAAGAAUUUGAGAGGGUACGAGUGAUCUAUAAGUACGCCCUGGAUCGAAUUUCAAAGCAGGAAGCCCAGGAACUCUUUAAAAAUUACACCAUCUUUGAGAAGAAGUUUGGUGACAGGCGGGGCAUUGAAGACAUCAUCGUGAGCAAACGGAGGUUCCAGUACGAGGAGGAGGUGAAGGCUAACCCGCACAACUACGAUGCAUGGUUCGAUUACUUGCGCUUGGUUGAAAGCGACGCAGAGGCAGAGACGGUGCGGGAAGUCUACGAGCGAGCCAUCGCCAACGUGCCGCCUGUGCAGGAGAAGAGGCACUGGAAGCGCUACAUCUACCUGUGGAUCAACUACGCCCUCUACGAGGAGCUGGAGGCGAAGGAUCCGGAGAGGACAAGACAAGUUUACCAAGCCUCUUUGGAACUCAUUCCUCAUAAAAAGUUCACAUUUGCCAAAAUGUGGUUACUGUAUGCACAGUUUGAAAUAAGACAGAAAAAUUUACCAUUUGCCAGAAGAGCUUUGGGAACUUCCAUAGGCAAGUGUCCGAAGAACAAGUUAUUUAAAGGUUACAUAGAACUGGAGCUACAGCUUCGAGAAUUUGACAGAUGCCGGAAGCUUUAUGAAAAGUUCCUGGAAUUUGGGCCUGAAAAUUGUACCUCUUGGAUUAAAUUUGCAGAAUUAGAGACAAUCCUUGGCGAUAUCGAGAGAGCCCGGGCCAUCUACGAGUUAGCCAUCAGUCAGCCACGCUUGGACAUGCCGGAGGUGCUUUGGAAAUCAUAUAUUGAUUUUGAAAUUGAGCAGGAAGAAACUGAAAGAACACGAAAUCUUUACCGACGAUUGCUUCAACGGACACAACAUGUCAAGGUAUGGAUCAGUUUUGCACAGUUUGAGUUGUCCUCAGGGAAGGAAGGAAGUUUGGCUAAAUGCAGACAAAUUUAUGAAGAGGCUAACAAAACCAUGCGGAACUGUGAAGAAAAGGAAGAGAGACUUAUGUUGCUGGAAUCUUGGCGAAGCUUUGAAGAUGAAUUUGGAACAGUAUCAGAUAAGGAGAGAGUAGACCAACUCAUGCCAGAGAAAGUCAAGAAGAGAAGAAAGGUCCAAGCUGAUGAUGGGUCGGAUGCAGGCUGGGAAGAAUACUAUGAUUACAUCUUUCCGGAAGAUGCUGCCAACCAGCCCAACCUCAAGCUCCUGGCCAUGGCCAAACUGUGGAAGAAACAGCAGCAGGAGAAGGAGCCUGGCGAGGAAGACCCAGAUGCGGACGCUGCCGAGCAGGAGUCCGGGCCUUCCUGUUCCUGUUGAGAGAUGUUUUAUUAUUUUUAUAGAUGUAUAGUUUGGAACUCUUGCAACUCCUGUGCAAUGCUGGCUGUGCUUCCCAAACUUAAUGGACAAGGGAAUCAUCUCUACCUAGAGCACCAGUAAAUGUUGCCCGACGUGCUGCAGUAGACUGUCUACCUGUAAAACCUGACACGUUCAACUUAGCCUCGAUUUAGAACGUGAAAAACAGCUGAGGUAACUAUAUGCUAAGUCAUGAAACAAAGCAGCACAAGAUGAUAAUGUACUUGCUGGCUGAUAUGCUGCUUAUAUUCUCAGGCAAAAAAUACUUGCCUUAAUUAACUCAUCUGAGAGAUUGUUUCCUUUAAUCCAGCCUGUAUUUCUCAAGCUUAUUUUUUUUUUGUUCACUACACAAGCUGUUUGACUAGAACCGUAUCUGUUUUUUUUCACCUGUAAGGCCAAUUAGCAAAUAUACUGUUUGCAAAUUUAUUAUUACAUUUUCAAGUGUAUUAUUCACCCAAGGGAAUAAAAGCUAAUCAAUACAGUGUUAAAUUGUAUCUUGAAAAUUGGGGGCAGAAGGAAAUAGGACUAGCAGGUGAAAGCAACCUGCUCUUAGCCUCGCUACUUCAGUCACCUGACUAGCUUCAGCUGCUGGGAUCAGAGGCUCUGACUGUUGAGUUCCAAGGUCUGUCCAGUCAGCGAAGAGGAGCACUGCUCUGAGUUGGCUAAGUACACAGGGCCACGGGGUGAGAUGAAAACAGGCCAGAUGCUACUCUAAGUAAGUGACUAAUCAUAAUCAUGUUCUGUUUGUGUCACAUGUGUGUGUCAGGAAAAAAACUAGCAGUCAGGUUCUCAUGUAAACUCCUAAGGCCACUUUCGGGCAGGUAAUGUGCCAGUGUGAAAGGCAUGAAAGAAAAAACUACUCUCCUGGGAGAACCUCACUUCUCUCACCCUCAGCUCCACCAAAAUAAGUCCUUUCAAAAGUAACCGGGUUUUAAUAAUCAUUUCUGUGAUUUAUUUCGUUUUCUUUAGCUACUGUUACUCACUGGAUAUUUUCAGAUACUGCAUGCGAUGAAAACUACACAUGAAAAUAUGUGGUUAGCCUGUGAUCUAAUUACGUGGCCUUUCUUUGGGAAUUAGGUUCUUUUUCCCCUUUAUUUUAGCAUCUUUUUGUAUUUUGUUGAAAGGCAGGAUUUAAGCAAAGCACUGUGAGACUAGACAAAAAGACCUGAGACCAGCAGUAUGGAAACAAGUAUCUGGGAAGAACUUUGCAAUAAGAAGGACGCUUAAGUGUGCUGGGCAGGGACUGUCCAAGUAAGCAAUUAAACAGUGCUUUGUAUAUAAAUGAAAAAUGUAAGGGAAACAACAUACCCUAAAUGAUGACCUUCUUCAAUCCUGAUAACCUGACGUUUAUAAAUGACCAAAAACCUUCCAGAAAACACUCGAGUCAACAGUGCAUUUUAUUAUACAUCUUAGAUUUACACAUUCCAUAUAUGCUUUUAAAGCUUCAAUUAACAGUUCAAUACAAAAUAAAAAAUAUAUAUGCAGCAGUGGUUCUCAGGCACAGAAUUGAGGAGGAGAUUGGAGCAAGCUUUUUCCCUAGCAUACCAUGAAUAUUACAUUAUGAACCAUAACAGUGGAAUGUUUCCUUUUGACCUAGCUGCCUUUUUUGGCUGAAUUUUAUUACAGUGGACAGCUUUAGAAGGUAUGAUAUUGCUAAUAGGAAACAAGACAAGUUUAUAACCUGUUUUUUUCUUGAAGUCUUUAAGAUCUAAACAAUUCCCUUUUCUCCUAAUAGAGCUCCAGGAUCAUCUAAUGAAAAUAAUAUUGUCCAUAAAAUAUCUGGAGCAUCAUCAGCCUAAGAACCACUGCUCAUGGUUAUUCAAUGUCUUCCGGCCUCACAGGAUGAGGUAAUGGUAUGAUGGAUUUCUUCUCAGUGUCCCUGGAAAGUGCUUUCCUCAUAUCUGUUAGGAAGCAAAGUUUAAUGUAAGUACCCAAAUGUCAGAAUAUUUUAUAUCAAAUUUAAAGUGUAUAGGUUAAGAGGUUUUGUCCCCUACCCCCACUUCUACCAUAUUCUAAGAGAAAUGUAUUUGUAAGUGAUUCUCAAUCACAAGUACACCAAACCCCAGCUGGGAUCCAGCUCUUCCUACAAAUGUUCUUUUGACAGAACCUUAGUAAAAAUGUGUCUGUACCAGUAAAACAAUAAUUGACAGUAAUUAACCAAUGGUUAGUUAAUGUAAGUUAAUCAGUGGUAGGUUCUUAAGGGCAGGUUAAAGCAGAUUUAAUUAUAGCCCAGAUUUUAAAUAUGAUUCUCUUAAGUGUAUUAAAAUAGCCGAGUAUUUCAGUCUGUAGGAUGAAUGUAGACAUUUGGCUUCCUCUCAGGGGGGAGCUCACCGUAAGCAUCCUCAUCGGGCUCCCCGUUGCUAGCCGAAUAGUACUCUAUGACUGUCCUGUACACACUGUAGCCCAACUGCUUGUACAUGUUGACUGCAACUUGGUUAGACACUCUUACAAAGAGAUCAACAAAAAAUCCACCCUUUCUGUAAUUUAAAAAAAAAAAAAAUUAGAAGUCCUUGAAAAUAAUACAUAAUUUUUAAAACUACUUUGACUAUUCAUAGGAUGGUACUAUGAAACCCUGCAGUCAAUUACAUGUUAUCAAUUUUUACUGCUGAGGAUUUUGCAGUACAAAAGAUAACUGUAACAUUUCAAAACCUACAGGUUUUCUUAAAAGAUAAACUUUAAAUUUUUACCACAAUUCUGUUACCUGGCUUUAAAAAUCAUUUUACCAAUUAGUCAUAUAAUAGUUUCACCCAAGGUUUUGAAGAAAGCACCAAUGUGGCCUUGUAUAACUACAGGACACUGGUCACAGCUCUGAAGCCCUUGGGUCCCUCUGGUGAGUGACAGCCCCUUUCUUACCCAGGUCUCCAUGUCCUGACUCGUGUGGUCAUCAGCGCCUUGCUUUAUGCAGUAGACUUACCACCUGUUCUGGUUUAUGUUCUGGUUUAAUUUCUCCUGUUUGUGAACAUCACCUGAAUGGAGUCAAACUUACUUUACUCUUUAGUGACUCGCCUCCCAGUCAGUACUGAGUCAGUCCCAGGGCAGCUGGAGCUUGUCCGUCCUCCCUGUGUUUAGUGUGUCCCUGUAUGGACACACUAUGAGAUGUGAGAUGUCUGUGGUCCUAUACAUUAUCAACUAUGCUGCUACGAGUAUUUUGUUGUGUGUCUUGUGGUACAUCCAGGAUAUCUAAGGUCUGCAGUUAGUGUCACUGCUGGCUCACAGGGACACCUUCAACUUUAUCAGAUAAUGCCUGUCUCCCAGCCCACAUGUGCCACCUGACACUCCCACAGGAGGGGGUAGACUCCUGAUGGCAUCUCAGGGCAAUUUUAGCUGGCAUUUCUGAUUACUAACAAGGCUGAUUAUAUUUGUGUCCACCAUUAGAUUUCUCAUUCUGUAUGGUCUUUAUUGGUCGUUCUCCCCCACAUGUAGUUCUCUAUGUAUUCUGGAUAUUCAGCCUUGUGUAAAGGAUGGUGCAAGUCUUCUCCCCAAUUUGCAAAUCUUUUUCCAAUUUGUGACUUGUCAUCAUCCUUAUGUAUCGUUUGAUGAACAAAGUUACCGCACUCUAGUGAAGUUGAAUAUAUGACUUCCUUGCACUUUUUAGGGCUUGAGAAGUUCUUUUCUACCCUGAAGUCAUGGAGACACUCUCCUUUGAAGGGCUUUUUAGUUUUGCUCUUCACAUAUAGGUUUUUAAUAAAUAUGGAAUUGAUCUGUGCAUGAUAAGGUACUAAUGUGGGAAAAUCUUUUCCCAUAUGGAUAUCCAGUGGUGCCACCACGUUUAUUGGAAAGUGUAUCCUUCCCCACCACUGAUCUGCAGUUGCCUCCUCCAAGGUGUGUCUAAAGUCCAUGUGUUCCUGAGUCUGUGUCUCAAAUUCUGUUCCACUAGCCUAGACAAUUACUCCACUCACUUUUUUGCUGUUCAAGAGUGUCUUACCUCUUUUUGGCUCCUUCCAUUCCCUGUAAGUUUCAGAAUCAACAAGUUGCACGGAAAAGACUUGUGAUUUGGGUUGCAGUUACGCUGACUGUGGAUCAGUUACCUGUCUACUGUAGAGACGGCUAACUCUAUGCUGCAGCGGUAGUUCCUCCCUCCACUUAGGUAGGUCAUCUGUUCUGUCUCUGGGUAAAGUUGUAUAAACUUCAGAGAGGUCUUGCACAGCUUUUGUUAGCGAUUUCUCCUAAGGGCUUAAUGUACUGAUGCCAGUGCAAAUCACAUCCUCUUCUAAAUGUUACUGUUUGUAUAGAAAAGCAAUUUAAUUUAUACUAACUUUAUAUCCAACAACUUAGCUUAACUUUUAUUAAAAUUCUAAAUAUUUGUAGAUUCCUUCCUGUAGGUUUUCUAUUUGUACAAUCUUACCUAUCCAAAAUAACGGUUUUGUUUCUUCUCAAACCUUUUAUUUUUCUUGCUUGCUUCACUUGUAUGGUAGAGGAUGAUUUCCAGUAAAUUACUGAAGAGAAGCCGACUUUAGGCAUCCUGUCCUGUCCCAGAAAUCAUUCAGUGCAUCACCACUCAUAUUUACUACAGGUUUUCAGUUUUUCAGGUUAAGUAAGUUUUCCUAUUGCUAACAGUUUUUAUCAAGAGUGAACUCUGGAUUGUAUCAAAGCAUUUUCUACAUUUACUGAGAUAAAUAUUCUUCAGCCUAUUAACUGGUAGGAUACAUUCUAAUAUUAAAACAAACUUCCCCCGAUAUGUCAUCCUUUUCAUGAAUUGCUGAAUCCAUUUUGCUAAGAAUUUUCUGGGACUUUGCAUCUGUCAUGAGAUUUUCCUUCCUCUUGUCAGGUUUUGUGAUUGUUCCCUUUUUGUGUGUAAAAGUAAACUUAGUGUCAUUAUUUCUUAAAUUGUUGGUGAAAUUUGCAAAUUUGCCAGAGAAGCCAUAGCUUUCUUUGUGGAAAGAUUCUGGCUAACUGACUGAAAUUAGUUAAGGCAGGGGUCAGCUUUCAACCUAUUUUUAUGCUGCUCUCAAGCAAAGAAUGGUUUUUUACAAUUUUGAAGAAGCAAUAGAGACCUUGGGUGGCCUGUGAAGCCUUAACGUUUACUAUCUGGCCCAGAAAAAGUUUGUUAACCCCUGUUCUGUACCCUUAAUCAAUUUCUGACUGUCCUAACAAUUAGGAUGAGGCAUGCUCAUAUCUCUAAUUAUGAUGAUUUGUCUAUUUCUUCUUGUAGUUUUGUCAACUGUUGCAUUUUUACUUUGCAUUUGUCACUGGGUAUGUACAGUUUUUAAUUAUUACAUCUCCCUGAUUAACUCUUUCCAGUAUGCAGACCCUUUUUUAUUUUCGUAAUUAUUGAACUAUAAUGUGACUGUUGUUAAUUUAAGCACACCCUGUUAGAAUUUGCAUAAUUAAAAAAAUUUCUUUACUUUCGAUCUUUAACCUUUAUACAUAUUUCCUGUAAAUAGAAUACAGUUCUGACAGUCCAUCAUUUUUUAAUGUUACUGUCCUAAGAAUACAUGAGAUCUACCCUCUCAAUAAAUUUUAAAUGUACACUAUCUUCAAGUGUAGGUAUACAACGUUAUAUAUCAAACUCUAGAGCUUAUUCUUCUUGCUGAACUGAAACUUUAGUAACUUGACAUUUCCCCCGUCCCCAGCCACCACCAUUCCACUCUUCAUGAAUUUAACUACUUUAGGUAUCUAAGUGGAAUCACACAAUAUUUGUCUUCCUGUGCCUGGUUCACUUGGCAUAAUAACGUCUUUUAACUGGAGUCAUUAGUCCAUUAACAUUUGCUGUUGUAUUUAUCAAUUACUACAUUUAUCAAUUAUAUUUGGAUUCACUGCUACCGCCUUA